UAACGAACCCCUCUUUUAUGGGCCUUAAGUUCUAUCGCUUUGGCCUUAGGGUAUAAACUGACCUAGGGUUUCAUUUGCUGUAUUCCGAGCAUCAUCAUCACAGGCAGAGGCAAGAAGGCAACUCAGCUAUCCUUCGUCGGAGUAAAAUUUCAGCUCUUUCAAGAUGGCGUAUGCAGCAAUGAAGCCAACAAAACCAGGGCUAGAAGAGCCCCAAGAGCAAAUCCACAAGAUCAGAAUCACUCUUUCCUCAAAGAAUGUCAAGAAUCUUGAAAAAGUUUGUUCUGAUUUGGUUCGUGGGGCCAAAGACAAGAAACUAAGAGUGAAAGGACCUGUUAGAAUGCCAACCAAGGUUCUUAACAUCACAACCAGGAAGUCCCCUUGUGGUGAAGGAACAAACACAUGGGACAGAUUUGAGCUUCGUGUCCACAAGAGGGUGAUUGAUCUUUUCAGCUCACCAGAUGUUGUGAAGCAAAUCACUUCUAUCACCAUUGAACCUGGUGUUGAGGUUGAAGUCACCAUUGCUGACCCAUAGAGAUGUUUGCUUUGAGUUUUGUGUUGCCAUGUCCUUUGUUUUUUCUUGAUAGUUUUGAUGUAUGUUUUUGAUGAUUAAAUUUUUGGGGAUCAGUAAUUGACAGGAGGAAAAGUAGACUUGAGUUUAUUAUUCAUUUUAUGUUCCAUAACAAUUGAAUGUGUUUCUUUUACCAAUUGUUUUUCUUUCA